UCCCAAGUGAGUAAGUCAGCUCAGAAACCCUAACAUGGCUACUCCUUCAAAGAUCCAAUUGUUCUUGAAUCUUCUUCUUUUCCUAGCUUUCAUUCCUGCUGCUUUUUCCACAGCUCCAACUUCUUCUGUUUCUUCCAUUGAUCAACUCCAAUAUUGGUCCAAAAACGUCCUCAAUCCCAUGCCUAAAACCAUUGCUUCGAAACUUUCCCCACUUUUGAAACAAGACUCGAAUCACUUCGCUUCCUUAGUUUCAUCAAAACAAAGGUUCCCCUUUGAUUAUGCCAAUUUCUGCUCUAAGGCCAAGUUAUUCUGUUCCACAACAUUAGAUAAUAUCCGUCAAAACCUUGGCAAUGGAUACAACUCAUACAAUAUCGACAAACAUGCCUCGAACAAAGGCAACCCUGAUCCCAACUCUUUCUUUAGGCUCGCAAUCCUCAAGAAUGGGAAUAAAAUUCAUCUUCCAGAUUUGAAUGAUCGAAUCCCUUUUCGUGCAUUUCUUCCGUCCCAAAUUGCAUCAAAGAUAUCCACAAUGAAAUCUAAUGAUCUUGAAAAUUUUUUCCCACAAUCAUUUACGUCACCGGUCACUAAAGAAGCCAUAGAAACUAGCAUCUUGUAUUGUAGCUCCCCAAGAUUAAAGGGUGAAAUCAAAUCCUGUCCCAAUUCAGUAGAGGAUAUGAUAAAUUUCUCAAAGAAGAGUUUGGGAGAGAACAAAUUAAUUGCACUGACUAGCCAGAGCACAAAAGGGUCCAAUAAGGAGGUUGAAAUCCAAAACAUAAAGCAAUUCCGUUCUGAAAAAGUUGUUUCAUGUCACGAAAUUUUCUUUCCUUUUGCUACUUACUUUUGUCACCUGCUCUCUUCUACUCGGCUCUACUCCGUUGAUGUUGUCGAUCCGGCUACAAAAGUUCCCGUAAAUAGGCUAUUGGCAAUAUGUCACAUGGAUACGUCAGGAUGGCCGGUAGAACACGUGGCGUUUAAGAUUUUGAAAUUCACUCCGGGACGCGGCGAAGCGUGCCACUGGUUCACUCAAAUUGAUCUUGUUUGGUUAGGAAAUAAUGGAGCAGAUCAAAAGAUAUUAUGAAGUUGAAUUUAUGUCUCUAUUUAUACGUGGGAAGUCUAGUUAAAUCCGAUGAAAUUGAUCAUCGAUGAUCCACUUCUGGAUUUCGUGUGUAAGGUUUGUAAAAAAACUAUGUGCUUCGUGUUUACUACGUACGUCUACGUACUCUUGGUUUGAAUCAUAUGAAACCCAUGUAACUCUCUCUUUCGCGUGUAAUAAUCGUAUCUUUUUUGUUUUCUUCUUUGUUUGUCAUUAAGUUAUAUGCUUUUGAAUAGUUUGAAAAUUGUUGAAAAUUACCAAGAUUAUUUAUUUGCAAGCAUGGCCACCAGUUCAUACGACCGAAACCGCCUCCGCCUAGCUUCCGACCGGCCGGAUCCGUAGCCUAAUUUGGCUAGAAAAGGGCUGUCGACUGGCUUGGUGUAGUUCACUUGAUAUGAGAAGUAAAAUCAUGGAAUGAAUUGCUGUUAUAGGUCAACGAAUAUGAAACUAAAUUUAGCGACCGGGAAAAGAACACUCGCAUCCCCCCUAAAUUUUUCCUACUUACUAUAGACAUGUUAAAUUUUUCGUAGAACAUUAUGCAUUUAGCUUAUUUCCAUACCUGCUUUAAAAUAUUAUAGUGUUACUAAUUAUUUUUGUAAAUCUCGCACCUCUUUCUCAAAUGUCAAUGGAAAGAAAAACCAUUUGAAGUCCA